AUGUCAUCAGGAUUUAAACUUGAAACUGUUACACAAGGAAAUGGUCAAAAACCAAAAGCAGGUCAACGUGUUCGUGUUCAUUAUACAGGAACAUUAACAAAUGGAAAAAAAUUUGAUUCAUCACGUGAUCGAAAUCGUCCAUUCGAAUUUACUCUUGGUAAAGGCGAAGUUAUUAAAGGUUGGGAUCAAGGUGUAGCUCAAAUGUCAAAAGGUGAACGUGCGACACUUACAUGUCCACCUGAUUAUGCUUAUGGUAGUGAAAGUGUUGGUAAUGGAUUAAUUCCAGCUAAUUCAACAUUAAUCUUCGAUGUUGAAUUAAUCGAUUUCAAAUAA